GUGGAGAUGUCUCGUAAGAGCCCUUUUGCCUCCUGGCUUUGUGCUAUGCUCCACUGCUUUGGAAGUUACAUACUUGCUGAUCUAUUACUUGGAGAAUCACCCAUUGAUUACUUCAGUAAUAACUCCAGUGUCAUCCUGGCCACAGCAGUCUGGUAUUUGAUAUUCUUCUGUCCCAUGAACCUCUUCUACAAGUGUGUUAGCUUUCUGCCUAUGAAGCUCAUCUUUGUGGCAAUGAAGGAAGUGGUCAGAGUUCGCAAAAUUGCAGCUGGGGUCCACCACGCUCAUCACCGUUACCACCAUGGCUGGUUCAUUAUGAUGGCUACUGGAUGGGUCAAAGGUUCUGGUGUUGCCUUGAUGUCUAACUUUGAGCAACUGCUGCGUGGGGUCUGGAAGCCAGAAACCAACGAAAUUCUUCGUAUGUCCUUCCCUACAAAGGCUAGUCUGUAUGGCACAGUCCUCUUCACUCUGCAACAAACUCGCUGGCUCCCUGUCUCUGAAGCCAACCUCAUCUUCUUUUUCACCAUGUUCAUGAUAGUUUGCAAGGUUUUCAUGACGGCAACUCACUCUCACGCCUCACCUUUCGCUCCAGUGGAAAGCUUCAUCUGCCCAGUUUUCUUUGGCUCUGUUUCCAGUGGACACACUAGUCAUCAUCAUGAUCAGCAUGGGGCCUCCCAUGAGGUUUCCCAUCCUCCACCUCCUCCUGCAAAGUCAAAAGAGGAGCUAAAUGAAGGCACAAGAAAAAGGAAAGCAAAAAAAGCUGAAUAAAAAACCAACUGCACAGUAAAUAGGCCAAGAAAAUUCCUCCAGAGAUGAGUCUCAAAGCCACCUGUGACCUCCUUUAUCCUCCAGUCCUUCUCUCUCAGACUGGUGGAAGCCAGGACACUGCCAGGCGGGUCCCUGAAUUUCGUUUGUGCUCUCUGUGCUGCUGCUUGCUUCUUGAUCUCUGUCUCUCUAUUAUGAUCAUAUUUUCAGGGAUUUGUAGAUUUGUGCCAGGAUGAUAAGUGGGUGCCAGUUCCCAAGCUGUCAGCAAUUAAGAUGCAGCAUUUUCAACUGAUGUAAAAUCUUUCACUGUGCUUAUUUAUGAAUGGAGGUAG